UUGCCACGAUACAUAAAUAUUCAGGUAUCUGCGGUGGAGUUUCUUACUCUCUGUCUUUGGCGUUUCUCAAGCCAGAUUAGACUGAAAUUGGGAACAAACUAUAAUCGACUGUGUUUGGGGGACAUGGCUUUCUGUUUCAAUUUAAAUCCAGCGUUUUCCUUCUUUUUUUGUAAGUCUUUGCGAAGCUAAGCUACACACGCUAGCAAACAAGCUACUGCGUUUCCUCAGUCAGGACAGCUGAAGACUACUGAUGCAUCCUGAUGGCUUCAACCUCUGCUGCUGAAAAAGUAGUGUGGCAUGAAGGUGACUGCUGUCAAGCUCCAAACUCAAAAGAUGGCAUCCUGAGGGAAGCCAUUAUCCAGAGACUGACCUCCUCCACUCAUCAUAAUGACACAGCAUGGGUGGUAUUCACCAAAGAUGCAGAAGAGGAGGAACAAGAAGAGGAAGCCAUACCUGUCUUUAAACUCUUGAGACCAGGCUUGAACCAUUUUACCCAGGAGAAACCUUUAUUUCCUGGCAGCAUCACUGACCCUAGUCUCUGCAUCCCCUUUGAUCUGAAUGAUGAAGACAAAGUCCCUUAUACCAUCAACCGAUACCUGAGGGAUUACCAGAGGGAAGGUAUCAGGUUCAUUUACAAGAACUACAUCCAAUCUACCGGCUGUAUUCUGGGAGAUGACAUGGGCCUUGGAAAAACUGUACAGGUCAUUGGCUUUCUUGCUGCUGUGUUACACAAAACAGGCACGUGGGAGGACAUAGAGAAAAACAGACCUCAGUUUCUACAGAGUCAGAUACCCUCUAACAAGCAAAAUAACACCAACAAUGUGUUCCUUAUUGUGGCCCCACUUUCGGUGCUUUAUAACUGGAAAGACGAACUGGACACGUGGGGUUACUUCCGGUGUGUGGUAGUCCACGGGCUAAAGAAAGAAGAGGAGCUGGUUCGUGUCAAGAAAGGGCGCACUGAGAUCGCUCUGACCACCUAUGAGACUCUUCGCCUCUAUCUAGAUCAAUUUAAUGAGAUAGACUGGUCUGCUGUGGUUGUUGAUGAGGCCCAUAAGAUAAAAAAUCCAAACUCUCAGAUCACACAGGCUAUGAAGGAGUUGAGAUGUAAGAUCAGAAUUGGUCUCACUGGCACCAUCUUACAAAACAACCUUGAAGAACUAUGGUGUGUCAUGGAUUGGGUCAUUCCAAGUUGUCUGGGCAGCUUAGGUCAUUUCAAGAACAAGUUCUCAGAUCCCAUUGAACAAGGGCAGAGACACAGUGCAACCAAACGUGCCCUGGCCACUGGGAGGAAUACUGUCAGAGCCUUGGUUAGGAAGAUUUCCCCUUGGUUUUUUAGAAGAACUAAAGCACUCAUCAAAGAACAACUGCCAAAGAAGAAUGACAGGGUGGUGUACUGCACGCUGACAGCCUUUCAGCAGAGUGUGUAUCAGGCAGUGCUGGACACAGAGGAUGUGACGUUGCUGCUGAGAUCUUCAGAGAAAUGCGAUUGUCAAAGUGGGCGCACUCGCAGAGGUUGCUGCUAUAAGGCAAACUCAGAAGGUGUUCAAAUGAUGAAGCUAUACUUAAGUUACUUGGCCAUAUUGAGGAAGGUUGCAAACCAUGCAGCACUGCUUCAGUCUACACCAGGCACCAGCAAGAAACAGGAGAAGUAUGUGAGUUCCAUUUGUGCAACAGUCUUUCAGAAGUUUCCGGACUUUGUGCAGCGGUGUAAAAAUGAAGCUUUUGAAGCCCUUUCAGACCCCAUGUACAGUGGAAAAAUGAAGGUUUUGCAGAAGCUGCUCAAAUACUAUCUGCAAAAGAAAAAUAAAGUCCUCAUCUUUUCUUUGUCAACCAAGCUGUUAGAUGUGCUGGAGAGCUACUGCAUGGCAGAGGGACUGGACUUCAGCAGGUUGGAUGGAUCCACCAAGUCUAAAGACAGAGUCCAGAUUGUCAAAAAUUUCAACAGCUCUUCUCAUAUAAACCUCUGCCUGGUGUCCACCAUGGCAGGUGGUCUCGGCCUCAACUUUGUAGGUGCUAAUGUGGUGGUGCUGUUUGAUCCUACCUGGAAUCCAGCCAAUGAUCUUCAGGCUAUUGACAGAGCGUAUCGAAUCGGCCAGCGCAGGGACGUUACUGUUCUUAGGCUGAUCUCACUGGGAACUGUAGAGGAGGUUAUCUACCUCAGACAAGUUUACAAACAGCAAUUGCAGUGCUCUGUUGUUGGCAAGGAGAGUGCCCGGCGCUAUUUUGAAGCAGUGCAGGGGCAUGAUGUCCAUAAAGGGGAACUAUUUGGGAUCAAAAACCUCUUCAGGCUGCAGACCCAAGGAACAUGUCUUACCCUCCGGAUUCUAGAGCGAGAAGGACAUAUAGAAGCCGGCGUGAUGACAACGAGAACACACAGAUGUGAUGAGAAAGAGGAGACGAAAGGAGAUGGCGAACCUGGAGAUUCACUUACAGCUGGAUCAGUACCAAAUAAUGAGGUAGCCAAGAGGACCAGAGAUGCAGCAAAGAUCCCCAGAGGUGUGCUAGACUUCAGCAGUGGGAGUGAAAUGGACGAAGAGGUGCAGGGCCUCAAAAGAAAGAUCUCAAAUCUAAUUGCUGAUGAUGGCAACAGGAGUGGGAAAGCUUCCACAAGUCCUGAUCAAAUGAGUCUUCUCCAGCAUGGUUUCUCCAGACUCCUUGAAUGGGUCCAAGAAAAACCAGAGUUAGGCGUUGAGAACAGUAGUUCAGGUGCUGAAGAAAGUCCCUUUGAGAAGGAUGCUGAGGAUCAAACUUGUAUCUGUGUGACCACUUCUGCAGGAAAUGAUGCCGUCUGUCUCCCCAAAUGUAGAACAGAAACCUUGGACAUAUCCAUAGGUUCAGACAGAAAACAUGGAGAUAAUGGAGACAAGAUUUCUGUGUUAAAAGAGGGUGACUGUCCUGUAGGAAGGGGACAGGGUCUUAAACGAAGGAAAGAUCAGCAAAGUGCUGUAGAUGGGGAGAGUGAUGAAAAGUCUUCACCAGAAAUAAAGAAAGCUCAUAACCUCAAAACUGCAGUUCCAAAAGUGCAACGCUUUGAAGAUUACUCAUAUGAAUCUGAGGAUUUAGAUUUGGAGGCAAAGACGUGCUUGAAGGGAGAUGUUUUAGAGAGGGGAAAGCCACAUCACAACAAAAAGAGGCAAACUUUGAGUGUAAGGAACCAGGCAAGGUUCAGAUACACUGAAGACAUAGAAAUCUUCACAUCUUCAGAAGAUGAACACACGACUCCCACAACCAGCACAAGAAGGAGACGAGCAGGACCGUCAAAACCUGUUUUAUUUACAACUCUGAAAAGUCAGACAUCCUCAGCAUCCAAAGAAAAGAAUGGAACCAUCGACCUUGUGCUGGGAGACGUACAAGAGGUGGCGUAUACACACUCCAACCAGCGUGUGGUGGGUGGAAGCAAAGCAGAGGAGCUGAUUAGUAGAGCUGCUGUACGGGAUGUGUUUGAGCGUCAAAUGUUCUCACAGCUUCCAGCCAAUAACCUACUGGGCACCCAGGAGAGCCUGCCAGCAAGCCCACCAGACAGUCAUCCUUCCACUGCUGUUAUCCAGCUGCAGAGGCCCAACAUGGAUCAUCCAGUCAUCUUCACCAAAAAGAGCAUACACCAUAGAGGACACACCACUGUUAUUAUUGGAGAAACCCCCAAAGCCAUAUGCAGGCAGCAACUGGAGGAAAUGGCAGAAAAAUUUAAAUUUUCCUCAGUUCAUCAAUUUGCUGCUGAGAUUUUGAGAAGGAACUCAACUCAGAGACUUGCUUGGCUGCAGCAGUACUACACCUCAAUGAAUAACCCUGACCUGGCUGAUACAGUCACAGACAAUUUCUCAGAGCCUGUUUCAGCACAAAUCCCCACCUCUUCAACUACAACCUCUUCACCAUCCACAAAAACAACUGCCAAAAAAUCCCCCACAGAGAACAAUCGUCGACAAAAGAAUUCUUUGAGAGCCAAGAAAACAUCUAAAUACAUUCAGACGAAUCCAGAUCCCAGAGCUAAACCUGAAACUCCACAAAAUAAUGUUUCUGCGCUACAAAUUAUAUCUAGCAUCCCACAAAAUGAUGCUCUUGAACCUCCCAAAAGGCAAAAGAUAUCCCAAAAAAAUGUACUCGAUCCUGUCUGUGAUGUUCCAGGCUCAGAGUCAGGGGAGCAGGAGGAGACAGUCUGCAGAGCCAGAGGACACAAGAGGACAAAGAGGGGUAGUGUUUCUGGUUCUGGAGGUUACAGUACUGGUGGUGGUCUUGGCGUGGAUCGGGCCGGCAGCAGUGGUCUGGGAUCUAGGGAGGCUGCUGCUUUCCUGAACCACACAGACAGAGAUACCCCUUCUUCUUCUGACCUCAGCCAUUGCAGCUCCCUCAUCUUAUCCAAACCCACAGCGCAAGGACGGGAGCAAGAGACAAAUUCAACAGUGAGAAAGAGUGAAGGUCAGAGACUGUAUUCUCAGACGCCUUCUACCUCCAGCGAUCACUCCUUCCUCACAGAUUAUAUAGGAGAUACUUCCAUUCUUGACGAUCUACUUAAACCAAAGCCCAAGACUGCACAACAAAGGAGCACUCCCAAAAUCGCCCCCAUAUCAUCCGUGCCUUUAAACACAAAUCUUGUCACACCUCUGUCUUCAAAGGUAACAAUAGAUCCAGAUUCAAGCUCACACAGACAAACGCCACACCAUGGUAAUACACAAGUGCAAGCAUCAAAGGGGGCUUGCAAAGACAUUUGGGACAUCCUGAAUGAGGGCAAUGAGGAGAGUAUCAACAGAUUAACAGAUCCAAAAGAGGUGCAGAGAGUUUGCAUCAACACCAAGGUUGCAGCUAGAAGUUUGCCUGCACAGAGGGAGAGCAAGAGUCUGUGGAAAACUAAUGAGAAGUUCCUGUGGAGGAAAUGAUACAGGCCAGGCCUUUUAGAUGAGUUUUGUUUGUCUUUUAAUUUGACAGUAUUUAAUGCAAAUGUGAUUUCCCAAAAUUUUAGUACCCUGUUUUAAAUAUUUAAAAUUAUAUAUUAGUUGUACUGUUUGAGAACUGCCUUUUUUUUUUAUUUGAAAUUCUGAAUCGGUAUUUUAAAAUUUACUACCACCCCUGUUUAUUCGUGUUUUGUUAUUAAUUGAGUUAUGUGGUUUUGGCCUUUUUGUUUUGCAAGAUUGUCCCAGAACUACCAGGCUGUAUUAGAAGAGGUUGCACAUCUGUAUAAUUUUUUUUUUUUUUUUUUUUUUUUUUACUAAAACAGCAGCCGGCUCCCUUGAGAUUCAAAAGAGAGUAUUUCCUUCCUCGACUGUAAGUCUGUUUUCUCAAUAGGAUUUUAGCCAGUUGAAAAUAGCCAAAGUUAUUUACUGUCAAAUGUCAACAGUGAGGCUUUCUCAGACUCUGACCAAGCAGUGGAUUGUGGAAGUGAUGCAGGACAUCUUACAACAACACUCAAGCUGACCAAGGUGCUUAACAUCAU